AUGGGUCAGGCUCUUUGGCUGAAGAAGGGCAGUGAUGGUGGCUUGGAGGAGUCCCGGAGCUGGAAGGAGACCUGGACCGUGCGCCCCGCAGCACAGCCCGUAGCGAGGGUGUGGGACGUUCUCCAGGGAAUUCAGAGGCCGUUGCCCCCCACUUGUGGCCCUCCCACGUUUCCCCACCGUGUCCCGCCCUUCGCUUACUGUGGAAAACCCACCAAGGAACGAGAGUUGGAACGAGUGCAGGGGCCCUUCUGGCAAGUGGCUCGAGGGGCCCCGUCCCUCUCGGGGCAUCCUCCGUCCCCCUCUCCGCUCGAGCCUGAGCUGCAGCACGCAGGGAGCGUCGGUGCCGGCCCGGCAGCCUCCGAGGGCUUUGGCGAGGGGCAAGCAGGCAGCGUGGCAGCGCCCUGCGGGGAGGCCAACACGGAGUGGGCCGCACUCCCGAACAGGGAAGCCCCCCUCCAGGUGCGACUGGGCGAAAGGGGUGCAGCGGGCGAGGCGAGGAGCAGUCUGGGGGCAGAGGAGGCCUGUCCCCCGCUGCAGCCACUUCCUCGUCUUUGGGCUGACGCGUUGCCUCGGAACGCCCCAGAGGAAGCCCCAUGCGGCAUCCCGGUGCAGGAGAAUGCACUUCCUCUGAAUCUGACACCAACGCAAAUCAACUGGCAGUUUCCCGCCAACAUGGGGGCGCAUCACACCGACCGCUUUGUCGGCCAAGAGCUGACGGUCCGCCGAGGACAGCCUUUCCAGUUCUCCGUGUACUUCAACAGGUAUCCUCAAAAAGGGGAGACCUUCGCCUUCGUAGCAGAGACAGGGAAGGCUCCCUCCGAGUCCCAUCACACCAGGGCCGUGUUUCCUGUCUCCGGCACGCUGGUCGGCGGCGCGUGGAGCGCAGCGCAAGAAUCCAGCACCUCCAACUGCGUGAACUUCCUCAUCAGCAGUCCUGCCUCGGCACCCAUCGGGCGCUACAAGCUGAGCCUGCAGGUGAUCUGCGGCAACCAGGCACAAGCCCGGUUCCUGGGGCAGUUCAUCCUGCUCUUCAACCCGUGGUGCACAGGGGACCCCGUCCACUUGGGGAACGAGGCCGAGCGGCAGGAAUACGUCCUGAACGAAAAUGGGGUCAUCUUCGUGGGCAACGCCAAGUACAUCCAAGCGCGAGGGUGGUACCUCGGCCAGUUUCAAGAGAACAUCCUCAACCUCUGCCUCGUGCUUCUCGACCUGAGCCUGUACCACCGCCAGGACCCGGCUGGAGACACAUCCCGUAGAGGCGACCCUCGAUACGUGGGCCGUGUGAUCAGCUCCAUGGUCAACGGGAACGACAACGACAACGGAGUCCUCGAGGGCAAGUGGAGCGAGAACUUUGCGCACCACGAGAACCCCUCACGGUGGGAAGGAAGCCUGGACAUCCUGAGGAAGUGGGCCCAGACCAACUACCAGCCCGUCCAGUAUGGCCAGUGCUGGGUCUUUGCAGGGGUGGCCGGCACAGUGCUGCGAUGCCUCGGCAUCCCAACCCGCCUGAUCACGAACUUCAACUCCGCCCACGAUGCAGACCGGAACCUCAGCAUCGAUAAGUACUAUGACGCCUCGGGCAAGAGCCUCAACAUUGGGCAAGACUCGGUCUGGGACUACCACGUCUGGAACGAGAGCUGGUUCGUCCGAGCGGAUCUGGGGGCGGCAUACGGGGGAUGGCAAGUGAUCGAUUCAACGCCGCAGGAGAAGAGCCAAGGGAUCUACCAGUGCGGCCCAGCCUCGGUCGUGUCCGUCAAGCACGGGGACGUGCGGACGAACUACGACGUCGUCUUUGUGUACGGCGAGGUGAACUCUGACAUCAACCGGUGGGUCGUCCAGGCGGAUGGCAGCAAGACCCGCGUCUACUGCGACACCGUCUCCAUUGGCACCGCCAUGAGCACCAAAGCCGUGGGCAGCAAUUUCCGUGUGGACAUCACCAGUAACUACAAGUUCCCAGAAGGCUCUGCCGAGGAAAGAAGCGUGUAUAGAAAGGCUUGUGCCGAGGUGUCGGGCCUCGGUGCGAGACGAGCCAGCACCUCUGAGGCAGCUACUUCGGAGCUAAUCGCCCACCCAGAGAUUUUUGGGAAGUUCAAGCUCAGGCAGCCGCCAGUGCUGGGCAAGGACAUCGAGCUGGUCCUCACCCUUGCCAACUUGUCCGUGGUGCCCAAGAGGGUCGCGGUGAACAUCAGCGUCUCCAGCGUUCUGUACACACGGACAGCGGUCAGGGAGAUCCUGAAGGAAGCCACUUCCGUCAGCCUAAACCCUAAAGAAGAGAAGCACAUUCCACUGCGCAUCACAUACGCCCACUACGGGGCGGCUCUGACCGACGACAAGAAGCUCCUGGUGACGGCCCUGUGCGACAUCUUUGAGGGGGUGAAGCUGCUGGUGGAGAAGGCCAUCACCCUGGCAAGCCCGAGCAUCUCCAUCACGCUGCCGCCCGGCAUUGUGGCCAACAGGCCGGCCACGGCCGAGAUCUGCUAUGCCAACCCGCUGCCAGAGCCCGUGGACCAGUGCGUGCUGCUGGUGACGCUCAUGGGCCAGGCGGUCAAGAUCAAUGUGGCUGGACUGGCGCCUGGGGAGCAAUCAAAAAUCUACUUCGAGUUCACCCCGCGCAGCGCAGGGUCCGUGCAGAUGCAGGUGGACUUCUCCUGCAACAAGUUCCAGCACAUCAAGAGCUUCGUGCUGAUGGAUGUGGCCCCGGCCGGAUCCCUGUGA